AUGGCUCGGACAUGUCCGCAUUGUGGAUGCUCCGAUAUCGACGAGGAUGCAGGACGAGGAGAUGCUACCUGUAUGAGUUGCGGAACCGUUCUCGAGGAAUCAAUUGUUGUGUCUGAAAAUCAAUUCCAAGAAAGAGCUGGUGGUACAGGACAUACUCUAGUCGGUCAAUUUGUAUCUCUUGAGCGCGGUCAAGCCCAGGCACGAGCCGCCUCUAAUGGAUUGGUCUCACAAGAAUCUCGUGAAGUCACUUUUGCGCGCGGGAGGAAACUUAUAGAAGAAAUAGCUAGUCAACUUCGCAUAAAUCAACAUUGUAUUGAUACAGCGUACAACUUUUUCAAGAUGUCAGUCAGCCGUAAUCUCACACGUGGACGUGUCAGAUCUCAUGUAGUUGCUGCCUGUUUGUAUAUGACUUGCCGUCUGGAAAACACGGCACAUUUACUCCUCGACUUUAGCGAUGUUACACAGGUGAACAUGUUUGAUCUCGGCCGUACUCUCACCUUUCUAUCUCGGUCCCUACGGAUCAAUUUGCCUUCAACGGAUCCCUGCCUCUACAUAAUGCGAUUCGCAUGUCUCAUGGAAUUAGGAGAGAAAUUGAAAGACGCAAGGAGCCUUUACUUUGUGGCUUCUUGUUUGCAGGUCGUGAAUCUAGCUACUAGGCUGGUUCAACGGAUGAAACGAGACUGGUUGUCUAUGGGUCGUCGGCCAACAGGAUUAUGCGGCGCUGCGCUUUUGCUAGCAGCUAGGGCAUACAACUUCAAUCGAACUAUAGGUGAUGUUGUCAAGGUGGUGCACAUUAGCGAAUCGGUGGUGAGGAAGCGACUGGACGAAUUCAGUCGAACUCCAUCGUCCGCCUUGACAAUCGAUGAGUUCUCCACCAUUGAUUUGGAACAUGAAGAAGAUCCUCCUGCUUUCCAAGAAAGCCGUAGAAAGGCUCGUGAGGAACAGCUUGAAAAGGAGGCAAGAAUGACUGCAGAAAUGGAGAGAGAGGUGAUUCCUAUAGAGAAAGAGCUGGAGCGUGCUCUCGAAAAGAAACGGAGGGAGAAAUUCAAGAACACUCGAUACGCUAAACUUGUAGCUGGCGAUAUAGAUGAUCCCGAAGUUGGAGUUGCUGAAGGGAACCUUGUGCGAAACGAAAUCAUGGAUUCAGUUUAUCGUGUUGCGGACGGUGAAGAUGAAAGGCCUAAAACACCUGACUACAGCAAAUUUGCACCAACACUACAUUCCCUUGGCAUAACGCCUCUGCAGCCAGCUUCAGUAGCAGGUCGGAACGAUUCAGCGGAUUCAGCCACACCUCUUCCAUCUCAGGAUAGGCCUGACGGAUCCCUUGAUCUCUCAGGCAUCGAUGAUGACGAAAUUGAUACUUACAUUCUCACGGCAAAAGAGUCUGAAGUGAAAGAACGGUUUUGGAUGAGGCUGAAUGGAGAGCAUCUCAAGGAAAUGGAACGCAGGAGAAAAGAACGAGAAGCGGAGGAAGAAAAGGAAAAGGAUAAUCCAUCAAAGAGAAAAAGACGACGUACGAGUGCACCUCGGCAGAGUUUGGCAUCCAGCACUGCUAUAGAAGCUAUGGAAAAGAUAAUCCAUGAAAAGAAACUUUCCAACAAGGUGAACUAUGAUAUUUUGAAGGAAAUUGAACAGACAGCAACAGGGCUCGAACCACUGGGACGGGAGCCAAACACUUCACAAGUGAUUGAGAAUGUGAACGAUCUCGUAGCAACACUAGCAAUGGACAAAAUCACAAAAUCUGAAAAUCUCUUGGGCAAUGCGACGAGUCCUUUUCCCCUCACACCGGACAAUAUGUCACGAAGAGAGAAAGAACUUGCUCGAAAGAACAAACCAUUGAAAGACCCAUCGGCUCUGAGAAAUGCAUUCAAAAUGGAGCCGUCAACAUUGGUAUGUUGA